GAAAUAUAAAAUUCAAUGAAGUUCUUGAUAACGAAGAUGACCUUUAAUGUGGUUCAUUGGCUGUUUGCCGUAGUUUGCCUACUGGCAUCAUUACAAAUUGCUGAUAGCAAACGUACUUUCGAAGUAGAUUGGGCUAACGAUAGAUUUCUAAAAGAUGGUGAACCUUUCCGUUUUGUAGCGGGUUCUUUUCAUUAUUUCCGCGCCCAUCCGGACACUUGGCAACGGAAAUUGAGAACAAUGCGUGCCGGUGGUUUGAAUGCAGUUACAACCUACGUCGAAUGGUCCUUACACAAUCCCAAGGAGGGCGUCUAUGUCUGGGAUGGCAUUGCCAAUUUGGAACGUUUUAUUAAGUACGCAAUUGAUGAAGAUUUACUGGUAAUUCUUCGGCCGGGUCCAUAUAUUUGUGCUGAACGUGAUUUUGGAGGUUUUCCUUAUUGGCUCUUGACGAAAUAUCCGGGUAUACAGUUACGCACGGCCGAUAUAAAUUACUUAUUUGAAGUUCGCUUAUGGUACUCCCAAUUAAUGGCUAAAAUGACUCCAUACUUGUACGGCAAUGGUGGACCUAUUAUUAUGGUGCAAGUGGAAAAUGAAUACGGUUCAUUUUAUGCGUGCGAUAAAAAAUAUCGCACUUGGCUGCGUGACGAAACAUUGGCCCAUGUUAAAGACAAUGCUGUGUUAUUUACCAAUGAUGGACCCGGUGUUUUGUAUUGUGGCCAUAUAGAUGGUGUUUUGGCAACAAUGGAUUUCGGUUCCACAAAUAAUAUUACAAACUAUUGGAAUAAAUUAAGACGUAUACAGCCAAGGGGCCCAUUGGUAAAUGCCGAAUAUUAUCCCGGCUGGUUAACACAUUGGGGCGAAAAAAUAGCCGAUGUGCCUGUGAAUCCCAUAAAGAAGACUUUAAUCGACAUGUUGGAGGAUGGUGCCAGUGUGAAUUUCUACAUGUACUUUGGCGGCACCAACUUUGGCUUCACGGCCGGCGCCAAUGAUAUGGGACCUGGACGUUAUCAACCUGAUAUUACUUCAUACGAUUACGAUGCUCCCAUGACAGAAGCCGGUGAUCCCACAACAAAAUUCUUUGCCUUAAGAGAUAUUAUAGCACGUUAUUUACCCCUGCCAAAUGUACCCGUGCCUGAACCACUGCCAAAAAAGAAAUACGGCACCAUCAAACUGCAACAAUGUUGUACUUUACUCUCCGCCGAAGCCCGUCGACGCUUAUCGACAGGCAUAGUUACUGCGGAUAAACCCAAAACAUUUGAGGCUCUUAAUCAAUAUUCAGGUCUAGUUCUUUAUGAGACCUUUUUGCCAGCCACCAAACAUGAUCCUGCCAUUUUACAUGUGCCUGGUUUGCAUGAUCGUGCCUACGUUUAUGUGGAUGAUGAAUUUGUGGGAAUUUUAUCGCGUGAAAUUCCCGUCUACGAUUUACCCAUAUCCAUAAGUGCUGGCAGAAAGCUACAAAUGUUUGUGGAAAAUCAAGGCCGCAUAAAUUAUGGUCCCACCACCGACUUCAAGGGUAUCACUUCAGAUGUUAGUUUUGAUAGCAAGGUUGUACAGAAUUGGAACAUGACCAAAUAUCCCUUGGAAUCGUAUGAAGACAUUGAAACUUUAAUCGAAAAGGAGGGCUCUAAACUCAAUGAAAUCGAUUCAGUUAAAAUGCUACAAAAUGGUCCCACCAUUUUCUAUGGCUCAUUCCAAAUUAGAGAUUUAAAACCUUACGACACCUAUGUGGACACUAAGGGCUGGAGCAAAGGUUUACUGUUUGUUAAUGGUGAGAACUUGGGUCGCUAUUGGCCGGUGGUUGGUCCCCAAAUAACAUUGUAUGUACCCGCAGAAGUACUUAAGGUUGGUGUUAAUAACAUUGUACUUAUUGAAUAUCAACGUGCCUCUUCGUCUAGUGAAAUCACUUUUACGGAUCAGCCAAAUUUCAGUGGCUUAAGGAAAUAAUGAAUUUAUUUUUAAUUGUUUAAGAGUAUUUUUUAUUUAAGAAUAACAUUUUUAUACAUAUAGAAAGCUUAUGCUAAAGUUAAAAGUUUUAGGUUUUUUUUUUAUUUUAAAAUAUUUAGUUUUAAUAAAAUAAAAAUAUGUAUGUACGUAUGAGAUAA